AUGGCGGAGCUCGUAUACAUCGUCAAUCACGUCUUUCUACCUAUACAACUACCCCAUGGCAAUGAUCAGUCCCAAUCAAACGACGGCGCGCUCUGUUGCGUCGUAUUGGAAUCUGCCCAAGAAUACCGAAAUAUGCACGCCAACCCAGAUGUUUGGGGGCCUAUGAUAAAGAUGUUACACAAUUUCGAGGCUUCGCAGUCUUUGACGUCUACUAUAGUAGAACGACAGUUCUCGCAGAUGAGAAGAGGAGAUGUCCUGGUCUUUCACAUUCGCGCUCAGAAUGCAGGUGUUAUCUUCAGGAUGAAAGGCGACCAAAUCAUUUUUGAAUGUUUUGAAGCUGCUGCUCCCAGCGAGCACGUAAUGGCAGCUGUUGGGAAGCUCGUCUGUUCUUUUCCAGGUCCGGCCAUCACUUUCCCAGCAGUACAUUUCCAUGAUGUGGAUUUCCGUCGUGAACUUGCAUCCUUUCUCAUGCACAUGGAUCAAGAUUCCCUCGAAGCCAACUUCGGCAUCAACCAGGUCGCUCAUCCCCGUUACAUCGCUCAGCUCCUCACGGGAAUCAUAAACGGCCUUGGUCGAGCGCGUCUAGCGGAAAUACGUCGUUUCACGAAGAGGAUUUCUGAUGAUGUACUCUCGGAUAGUAGAAAUCACCCACCCUGGCGGCGUACCCCGGUAUGGCUUGUGUUGCGCGUUGCUUUGCAGUCGAGUCUAUAUACAGUCCUUCAUGGCGUCUUGAUGGCUCGGAUCACAGAAAAAUGUAUAACGGCAAAUUUGAGCAUCGUUCGUCUCGUUUGCAUGGCGUGCAAGAUCUCGCAUAGGAGCGUCAAACUUGGGGAUUCUGCACCCAACUUUGUAGUCACGCAUGUUAGGGAAGUCGUGAAACGGCGGACAGAGAAUUGGGAUCCCAGGAGGCUUAAUGUUGCCGCCGAUACGACGAUGUCACUUCCACGGCUGUUACCCUAUAUCAGACGGAUACUUCAACACGGCAACCAGGCGCCUACCACUUUCUUGUUUACCCCGCCGCACGUCACUCGCCUUCUAAACGAUCAAGUCUCAGGCUUUAAUUUCUCUCGUGACCGUCUUUCUGGAGCAUUUCGAGUGGACGGUCGGGUUGCACUAGCCGACUUCGAGUUCUACGUGGAGCUGUAUCUGCAAUCAUGGCUAAGAGGUGCUAUCAACGAUGAGUCGGCAUCCUCAAAGCUCUCUAUUUGCAUAGAGGAAUACACAAAGGCAGCCAUGGUUACCUACGCUUCGAAUCCUGAGGACACGUCGAUCAUGAUUUUGACCCUGAUGACUCUAUGGGUCGCGAUGGAUCAAGUCGCAGUUGCACAAUGUCCAUUGCUCCGUGAUUAUUCUCCCGAAAUUCCCGUCGACCUCUUUCAACCGCUUCUUUUACACGGUCUAUUGAGCGCCUCCUUCACAUUCAACAGUAUUUGCGGGGACGCCAUGCUUCUGUCCCCAACAAACAAAGCGUCUUCGACAUCAAUAUCCGGGGCUGAAGGCCCGCAUAGAACGGGACGCUCACAGGGAAGGGAAAGGGUGCGAGGGUUGUGGAGGGCAAAUAAAGAGUUGCAGGAGCAGCUCCUAACCCAAGCAAGAACAUUACAGCACAACGAAGUGAUGAUGCAGACUGGUAGGCGCAACAGACGAGGGUACAUGACGCACGAUGACCGGCAGUGUCCCAGGUGCCAGGCCAAUAAAGCGGCAGAGUCAAUGAGAACCGAAGUACACGAGUGGCCACUACCGGCCGCAGGCUCGUUUAUGGAGAAGGUUGUACUUUUCGAACUGAGGCCUCCGCCGGUGUUUGUACACUGGCAGUCGACGACAUACGCUAUACUUUACGAUGUCUGUCUCCCGCGUUCCUGCCAUAGAUCCGAAAGUGUUCGCUCUCCCAUAACGCUAGCCCAGUAUGUGCCCCUCCAAGGCUAUACCGAUAGAACAUCAGGAAGGGUGGCUCUGGCUUCAACUGAACAUCCCUUGACCAGAAGUGGUGGGUCCCGUUCUCUGCCUUGUAACGAAGCUGAUGUCUGCCAGCCGAAUGCAUUGAGAUAUCGUCUACAUGACUCUCAACGAGAUAUUUGGGUUCAAGACCCAUUCCAGCAAUGCAAUAUCUGGGAUAUGUGUACUCUGCGCAUCACCCCUGGUAGCGUAUACGAUAACCUAGAAUACGCUGUUCGGGGUACCAAUCAUACUCCAAACGAAGUGAUAGCAAAUCAAGCUGAUUGUGCACAAGGCCUGACGCUACACGAGUAUGAGGCAUUUGCCACCUUACGGUCGGGGCCGAGGUUACAGUGGCUCAAUAUCAUCCGGGAAUUGAGGUCUAGAAUCGGUGUGAUGACUGAGAAUGGUUCUCUUGACUGGCAUGAAGACUUGAAGACUCCUGAUUUCUGCCAAGUCCUUCUGCGAGAAUUAGACGAUUUAUUGGGGAGCGUGGAGGCGAAUUGGUUGGAGUGCACGACUGUGCGGACAGUCGUUCUUUUAGCAGGGAGAGUCUUAGCAUCCGGAGCCCUUCCUCCCGGAGACAUCCUUGACUCGGCGUAUCGGCUGCUUCGUCGAGCGAGGAAUAUCACGUUCUCUUGGAUGCACCAGCUUGUGGAUAGGCUACAACGUGCUGAGGAAGAAAACGCAAUUCAAGAUUUCCAGCGCCUUGUUUUCGACUAUCUUGGUCGAAUGCUCAAUCUGAUUUCCGACAACUCACCGCCUCAACUGGAUGCCAUGUCACCUGAUUUCAUACGACUAUACAGGAGGGAUGAACGUUUUGCCACCUUCAUCGAGAUUCAUUUAUCCGCUAAAUUUGAUCAAUCCUGCGAUGGCUUGAAUGACGCCAUCAGCUCAAUCUGGCCAGGAUAUCGACCCAGUGGUCGGUGGAAUUCGGUGCCGCAGCCUGGUGAAAAGCCAGAAUCUCAGCGUUGGAUGAUCACGACCACUGUCGCUGACGAAGGUCAACAGGCGCAAAGAGUGCAUCUCAAUCUGUUGACGGGCUCUCUCAUCAAUGGAAAGCCGUUGGGUCGUCUUCCGCGUAAUAUCACUACCCAUCCGUUAUAUACGCGUAUAUUUGGUUCGAAAAUUCUCGACAUUGUUCCUGCAGAUAUGCCUGGUACAGAAUUUGCAUGUCGAUCCCUGAUUUCAGGAUGGCAGGUUUUUCUGGGGAUGGAUGAGACGCGGCUUGUCAUUCGCACUAAAAAGGAUGACCAAGUUUUGGAGCUCAUACCUCACAUCAAGUUUAAUGGUGAUUUUCCGAAACCUUUCGUUGAAGAUUACAUCCAUUGGUUUGAUGUCUCGACGCAUGAGAUCGAAUUUAGGCCGCGUUCCAGCUUUUGGAAGACAUCUCCAUCGAACUGGCGGUUAUCAAGCUUGAGGUCGAGGCCAAAGAUGACUAAUCCAUCCCAGCGUAUGGUCGACAUCCAUAGCCCAACAUUCAAUAUGGUCUUAUCUCAGCUGAAAGCAUUGGAGAUCCUCGACUUUAUCAUAAUCACAAUACCAUCCAACUCUCCCGACCAGCUCCAAAUUGAUCUUCCCCGUUUUCAGCUAUCUUUUUUCAUGAACACGAACGGGGAAUUGGAAUGCCAGAACCUUCCUGAGAUGAUCAUUGACUCUGAUCAGUCGGCUGGGACCCUUUUCGGCCUCCGCGAUUACCUUCUUCUGCGUUCCAAGGAUAAUUACGAGCUUCCUCGAUGUAAGAGAAUCCUCAUACCUUACGGCGAAGUACAUUGUGAAGGGCAUGAAGAUCACGUCAGUAUCACCAUCGACCGCGGGUCGUCUCGUAAAGUCACGUACCACGAGUAUAUGAUCGACAACGACAUGCGAUGUCUUGUUAGUCAAACGAGCUUGACCGGGAAACUAUACCAGGUGUAUCUUCAUGCACUGAGUGGCUACUACCUUCCGGAUCCAUUCACCCUGCAGACGGGUACUGAAGAAGCCCUUCGCGAACUCCAGUCCGCCGCCUGUUUUUCCUUCCAAUCCAUUCAAAAAGAGGACCUUGUACUGCUGGAAAAAAUUCGCGCUCUGUCUCCGCGACGUGCAUGGUGUCAUCAAACGCAAAAUAUGCAACAUAUUUAUUGGCGGUCCAAUUUGUCCCCUCUAGCUCAGCACCAUGGAUUCUCUACGCUUGUACACUCCAUCACGGAGCACAUACAAGCCACAGAAAUGUUUAGAACGAAACCCGAUGGUGACACUGAUCAUAACGACCCCGAAGUAGACCAUUUAUCACGUCGAGCUGCAUUCCGUCUAGCCGCAUUUUACCCUGAGGAGUAUGGGUUUGCCCCUCUGUCCCAGGAGAUGUGCGAUGUAGUAUAUUAG